AUGUGUAAAAGAUAUUCGUAUUCAGAAAAUACCAAUAAUAAAAUCGAAUUACCAACAUUUGUUAAAAUACAAGAAUUGACCACAAAUAAAUCACAUCUUACUCCACUAAUAAAUACACUAGCUAAUAAUAGUAAUAAUACCAACAUUACCAACAUGAAAGUAAACAUUUUGACUACCUCAUCGCUGCAACAUAACCCAGAACCUACGACACAACAAUAUCAUAAUGACAUCGAUAAUAAUCCAAAAACCGAAAAUAAUCCCAGUAACAACAACGAUAGAAGUAAUAGUAAUAACAAAAGUAAUAACCAAGGCAGACCAGUGACUUUGCAACUAAAGGUACAGCUUUUCGCCUUUAAUAAUGUUUAUGAAUUUCUUAUAUAUAUGAAAAACAUAACUGAUUAUCCUACCAAUAAUACAUAUAAUAACUCAACCGCUGCUGUCAACAACAAUUACUAUUAUUUUGAUACUACCAAUAACGCUGACAAAGAAGGGAAUAUCCUUGUAGGGGAUGCUUCUACUGCAAACACUAUGGGCACGAACAAUACCCAUAUUAAUAAACAUAUUAAUGUUUAUUGCUAUAGAAAGGACUCGAAGGAAAAUGUUGCCGAUAACAUAUACUACAGCAUAAACAAUACUAAAUUGAGUUUGAAUAAAAACAUUAAUUAUUUAAAAAACUCCUUAAGUAUAACUACAAUGUCAAAAUUCGAAUCAAUAGUACCAAAACUAAUACACUGUUUAGUUACUUCAGAUACACAUACAACAGUCCCGCUAAGUUUUUGUUCCAAUAAUCAGUUUGAUUUAAAUCCAUUUAAAGCCAAAGAGUUUGCAUUUGUUAGGAUCCAUAGAAAGAAUAAAAAUUCUUUAAUUAAGAUGGAAAUCAUCCCUUUUUCCUCCAACUUGAAUUCAAUAGAAGAUAUUAAAAAAAAAAUUUGUUAUCCAAGAUAUAAAAACAAUAUGAAACUUUUUCUUGUGGCCAAUAUAAAUGAUCCAAUUACCAUUUACUGCACUUUAAGUGGAUUUCAACAUAAAAUUUUGUGGGGCCAGAAACAAAACAACAGCAUUAAUGAUAAAUCUUUUCACUUGGCUAAUAAUAAUAAUAAUAAUAAUUCAAGUAACAGUAAAAAGCCCAAAGAUAAAAAUACUAAUUAUAACAAAUCAAUAACUACAACUAUGGAUCCCAUAACUAAAAGCUAUAGGAAACGUAGUAGCAUUGUAAGUGAUGAUGAUAACGAUAUAUGGGUAUUAAAUUAA